AUGAGACAUAACAACAAUACCAUUAGCUGUCACUCUUUUAUUUAUUUAUUUAUCUUAUUUUAUAUAUUAAAAUUUAGAGUUGCAGAAAAAAUAACAUUUUACUUCCCUUUGUUCAGACGUUUCUUUAUUAUUCUUCUUCUUCUUCUUCUUCUUCUUGAUCGUGUUCAGAAAUCAUAUUCAUUACCUUCUCUCUAUAUUUGGAUUCUUUAUAACAUGUGAGAUCGAUCUUUUGUCGAUCAGAGAGACAGAGACGACUAGAAGAAGCAAAGAAUAUUUAAAGAAUGAUGAAAAUGAAGACAGGAACAUCGCCGCCGGUCAUCGGCGGCGGAAGUAGUGGUAAUGAGUGGGAGUCUCGACCUGGAGGAAUGGUUGUUCAACGUCGGACAGAUCAGAACUCCGAUGUGCCACGUGUCAUUCGUGUUCGGGUUAAAUACGGUUCGGUUUAUCACGAGAUCAACAUCAAUUCCCAAUCUUCCUUCGGAGAGUUGAAGAAGAUGUUGUCUGAUCAGGUGGGACUUCACCAUGAAGACAUGAAGGUUUUGUACAAAGACAAAGAAAGAGAUUCAAAGAUGUUUCUUGAUCUUUGUGGAGUUAAAGAUCGGUCAAAGCUUGUUGUUAAAGAAGAUCCAAUUUCUCAGGAGAAACGUCUCCUUGCAAAAAGGAAAAACGCCGCCAUUGAAAAAGCUUCUAAAUCUAUCUCUGAUAUUAGUUUCGAAGUCGACAGACUCGCUGGUCAGGUGUCGGCGUUUGAGACAGUGAUUAAUAAAGGAGGUAACGUUGAGGAGAAGAGUCUUGUGAAUCUGAUAGAGAUGUUGAUGAAUCAGUUAUUGAGACUUGAUGCGAUUAUUGCUGAUGGUGAUGUCAAAUUGAAGAGGAAGAUGCAGGUGCAAAGAGUUCAGAAGUACGUUGAGGCACUCGACGUCUUGAAAGUCAAAAACUCUACCAAAAGAGUUGAAGUCAACAAGUCGGUCCGCCACAAACCGCAAACGCAAACGCGAUGUGAGCAACGCGAUUUGUUAUCGUUUGUGGAGGAGGAGCCCAGGAAUUCCAAUGCCUCCUCCUCAUCAGGUACUCCGGCUGUUGUAACUACAAAAUGGGAGACGUUUGAUUCGGCUAAGGCGGCCGAGACGGUUAAACCGGUCCCUCCGAGAUUCAAAUGGGAAUUCUUUGAUUAAGAUAAACACCAUACACACAUGAUAAAUAUGUUUUUUAUUUUCUCCGAUUUCAUAUGUGAUUUGUUUUGUUUUUCAUCUCAACUGAGGUGUGUAUGAUUUGUGAUUUGAUCUUGGCUAUUUUUUGAGGCUUUGUCUAGAGUAUCUUUUGGUUGGACUCCCUUUUAAGUCAAUCAAAAUAACAGUGGAGUUCAAUUACUAUCAUUGUAAUACCUAAAGAUUUGGAUUUUCUUUACUAUUACAAUAAAAAGUUAUCAAAAAGAUGUACUACUUUGUUUUUUGGAA